GCUAAGCACGGUGUGGUGUGGUGCUGUGUGUUCCCGAGGCUCUGUCCCAGUUGUAAACCGCUAGUUUCAAAUAUUUCUUGUUGCGGGAAAUUGAAUCUUUCUGUGGUUUUUAACGUUUGUUGUGAUAAAAACUGUGUGUAUCAAAGUGAUUGCUUAUCUUCCAGGAAUUUGUUGGUAUCCUGAAUAUUGGUUUGUUGGAAGAGGAAACUUUUGAUUCUACUCUCUGUAAGUAGAUGGUCUAAAACUAAAUUACCUCACUGCCGAUAUUCUUGCCUAAAAAUGACCACCAUGCUGGAGCUGGAAAGUUGGAUAAUUUAUCAAUACGUCGCAACAGAAUGUAGUAAUUGUCUAUGAAUGUUUGUUUUCGCUGAUUUUGUCAUUGAGCCACUGUUCUAGAUGUUGGAUACAAUUAUGACUGAAAGUGCUUUUAAGGCCAGGGAUAUAGGGCUGAGGGCCCAAAAGAAGAUCCUUUCUCGAAUGGCGGGGAAAAACAUAGCCAAGGCCUUCAUAGACGAUACGACGGCUUCACUUUUGGAUAAUUUAUACCGACUGGCCAAACAAUACUCAGACAACAAAAAAGAAGCCGAAAAACUCAUAAAGAACAUCAUCAAGAUCGUCAUAAAACUUGGAGUAUUACACCGUAACAACAUGUUCUCCGAAGAAGAACUAAAACUGGCCGAAAAAUUCAAGACCAAGUUCCGAUUGGCCGGCAUGGCUAUAAUCUCAUUCUACGAAGUCGAUUUCAGCUACGACAGAAACUAUAUCGUCCAAGCUUUUACUGAAAGCCAAAAGUGCCUUGAAACUAUCGUCUCCAAACAUCUCACAGACAAAUCUCUAUCUCGAAUAGACAGCGUGUUUUCCUUUUUCGGGAACGACCAGUUCCUGGAUUCGGUGUUCAAGAACAACUCCGAGUACAGGGAGGCUCUGGGCAGGGUGGUGGCCGAUUUAAAUCAAGCCAUAGACAAUGGCGACCUUUAGUCUCUCUAUUUUGUGAUUUUAUUAUUGUGAUUUAUUUUUACGUUAAGCCCGUAUUGUAUAUUAUUUCUUUUCUCGUAAAAGGUGAUCAAUCGUCGCGGAAUAUAUGAUAUUUAUACUAAAUAAAUAUGUGUUCUUUCAUUA